AUGGAAGGAAAGCAGCCUCCAUGGGGACCGAUCUACGCGCUCUCCCCAGUGGAGCAGAAGGCACUCCGGGAGUACUUGGACGAAAUGCUAGCCUCUGGCAAAAUAGUUCCCUCCACUAGUCCGGCAGCAGCACCCAUUCUGUUCGUUCGCAAGACCAACGGGAAAUUAAGGUUAUGCGUAGACUUUCGUGGCUUAAACGCUAUUACAGUCAAGAAUCGUUAUCCUCUCCCACUUAUGACAGAGUUGGCCGAUGCGACGAAAGGAGCAGAGUUCUUCACCAAAUUAGAUCUGAAAAAUGGCUACAAUUUGAUUAGAAUCGCUGCUGGCGAGGAAUGGAAAACAGCUUUCAGAACGAAAUACGGCCACUUUGAAUAUAGGGUAAUGCCUUUUGGCUUAACCAAUGCACCAGCGUCGUUCCAGGUCAUGGUUAAUACCAUAUUCAAGGAUCUAUUGGAUCAAGGCGUAGUAGUCUAUUUGGAUGAUAUCCUAAUAUAUUCAAAGACUAGAGAAGAGCAUACGACUCUUGUGCGAAAAGUAUUGGAGCGACUGCAACAAAACCACCUAUACGGGAACCUCGAGAAAACGGAAUGGUACGAACAGGAGGUAGAAUUCCUGGGAUUUGUACUAUCAGGAAAAGGGAACCAGGUCUCGCCUAAAAAGGUGAAAGCAAUCACAGAAUAG